CAGAUUACCCCACUCAAUGCCUAGAAGAUUUAAGAACUGGGUACCCCACUACAAUGCCUCAAGAAUCCUCGAUCACAAAAUCAGUCCGUUUAACCCUUUUCAAAAUACCUCAAUUUAAGAAUCAAAAUGUCUUGCGACAACUGCAAGAGCGGCUUCAAGUGGAACGGCCAAACCGUUGGCAAGGAAACUAAGCUCAACAACACUAAUGCCUACGUCACUGGCGACUCUAAAGACGCCGCUAUUCUUAUCAUAACUGACGUUUUCGGCUGGACGCUUCCGAAUGUCCGCUUAAUCGCGGACCACUACGCGCAAGAAGCCAAUGCGACCGUCUACGUACCCGACCUUUUUAACGGUGAAGUCGUAGACCCUGACGCGCUGUCCGACCCAGAAAAGCAAAAGAACUUCGACAUCGGAGCCUUCCUCGGCCGCCACAACAAGGAGGUUCGCUGGCCCGAGAUCAAAGGGCACGCUCAAACCCUCAAGUCGCAAUACAAGAAGGUCGCUGCCAUUGGCUUCUGCUACGGCGGCUGGGCUGCCUUCAAACUCGGUGCCGACCCCUCGCUCAUCGAUGCCAUCUCCACUGCGCACCCGUCGAUGCUCGAGAAGUCUGAGAUUGAGAGUGUAAAGGUUCCUGUGCAGAUUCUUAGCCCUGAAAACGACUUCGCAUACACGCCUGAGUUGAAGCAGGCUACGUUUGAUAUUCUGCCCAAGACGGGCGUGCAGUGGGAGUACAUUUAUUUCCCGGGCUUGACGCAUGGCUUUGCGGUGCGAGGAAACCCCGAUGAUGCUGCGCAGAAGGCGGGAUUGGAGCGGGCGAAGAGGAGUGCGGUCAACUUUUUCAAGGAAUUUUUGCACUAGAGAGGGAAGUGUGUGUAUAGUUGUUGGUAUAAGUAAUUCAUGUAUGGAAAUUACUUCAGCCUUACUCUUACUGUGUUGUUAUGAGACACUUGGGGUGUUUUGAUUAGGAACGAUAUGUUUUGCGCUGCUUGCAAGACAUUGCCAUGGCUUAGGUAUAACCCGUACCUUUUAACUAGCGAACGUAAGUCACUCCCAUUAGUAGUAUUCCAUAAGUACUUAGUAUAGACAUCGAGACACUUAUUGCUAAACAAAAUAAGAACCAAGUCAAAUUCUCAA